AUGUCAGAUACGGACCGAAUAUCUCCAGCCGAAGUCGAUCGACCCAGUCCCAAGUACCUCAACCGAAUCCUCGAUGGGAAUAGGCUGGCGUUCGUCCGAGCCUAUCUGAUUGGAUAUGGAACCGAGGUCGCCCCGCUGGUCGUCCGGCUGCUUAUCAUCAAGUUGAUCAGCUUCACCCGACGGAGGCCCUCGACCAGCGCGCUACUACGUUUAUGGUCAGGAAUCGCCAAAUUGCUCCUCAAGGGCCUCCGGCCGACCGGCUUGGCGAUGGCCAGCGGUGUCGCUAUCGGGGGCGCAAGGCUGGCCGAGGGUCUGGUCCGGAAACAAGUCCAAGCCAUCGUCAGGAUUCUCAUAACUUCUCCGAUCAGCCAAAAAUUCAGCCGACUCUUACGAUGUCACACCCCUGCUACUACUUCAGAUCUCCAAGCCAAAUCCUCAGAAUCCGAUCUCUCGUUGGACCGCCGACCCUCAAAGCUAGAGCACACUAUCGUCGCCAUCCUCUCCACCUUUUCUGCGGCUUCUCUCUCCUCGCUACUGGCGAUCACGAUCUUACAAUCCAAGCACACCAGUGCCCUGAUGUCCCAGGAUCCGCUGCACCCGACCAUGACGCCGUACCCCACGCUCAACGACUCACAGGGAACUGUCCAGCCUAACAGCAAGCAUCCUGCCACGAUACUGAGCCGAGCCCAGGCCCAGCGACAAUCCCCUACGCUUGACUUCACGCUCUUCUUCACCGUCCGGGCGCUUGAUACGCUCUGCAGGUCACUCUUCGCCCACUUCUCUCCGGCAUGGCUGGCAUUCUUGAGCAGGUGCUCGGACACGAUCCUCUUCCAACUCUGCUGUUGGAGGAUCAUGUGGUGCUGGUUCUAUACACCCUGGCGACUCCCGAUGAGCUACGUCAAAUGGAUCACCACCCUUGCCGAGAUGGAUCCCCGUCUACUCCAGCUCAUCCGGCUCGCGAAGGACCACAAGUUCGUCUACCGCUCCCCCGCCCAAUCCGAUCAGAUCUUACAGCUCGGAAGAGAGAUUGCUACUCACAUGGGAAGACCCCCCGAAGACGGUGACCCAUUGUUCAUCGAUAAACUUUCUUGCCGAAUCGUCCACGGUACCCUGGGUAACUCCGAAAGCUGCACAGUCAACGUCCUCAGAAGAUUUUUCAGAGCUUGGAAAACCAGUCUGGGUAUUUACCUUCCUGUCUUUACAGUCCCGGUAUUGUUAUUCCAAAGGCAAAAGCUGCUAAAAGCGCCAAUGAGGACGGGAGCACGGAUCCUACUAAAUUCGUCCCGCUCGGCCGGAUUUCUGUCGAGUUUUGUUGGUCUGACAUGGGCGGGAGUAUGUAUAGGCCGAUCAAACGGAACACAGCGGCUUCUAAACAUGGUGAUAGGAAGCGCAGGAAAGGGGGAGAUAACGGCGACGGAUAUGGAUGGUCGGGUAGCGCCCCAACUGGGCAGUCUCUUGGCCGGACUCAGCAUCCUCGUCGAGAAUAAGAAGCGGAGAGGCGAAAUGGCUCUCUACGUCGCUACUAGGGCCCUCUGUGCUACCGUCGACGAAAUCCUUCCUCGUUGGCUUCGUAGACGUAUCAUCGCUAACCGUUGGGUCUCGAUCUGGGUCGAGAGAAUAUCGUUUUCCCUCUCCAUUGGGAUCAUCACAUGCGCUAUUGUACACCAUCCAGAUUACGUCAGAGGAAUCGUCCAAGGCAUCCUGAAGUAUGCCAUCGGUCCCGACUGGCCCAAAGAGCCCUUCCGUCCUUCCUCUCAUCCUCCGCCUCCCCCUUCUUUAACAACCAAAAACAGCUCCACGCAGCUGGUGCCUUCAAAAUCAACCCACCUCGACGAAUCUACUGACUAA